AUGUCGUUACGGCAAAAGGCUGAAACUCUCAGGCAAACGAUUGAUAAUCUCCUCGUGGUAGGAGUUGACAUGGCGGUUCCAAUUCUCAGGGUCGUCAAUGCUACCGCUGAUUGGUGUCCCCCUCUAAAGAUGGCGACUGGCGGUGCACUCUCCAUCCUCGAAGAGGUUAAAAACUUCAAGGGAAACAAGAAGCAAUGGGCUGAUUUUGGUCAAUACGUAGCUGGUACUACGGCCAAAGUAGUAUCUGUCAUAAAGUCAUAUGAUGUAUCAGCGAAAGGGGCAACGUCAUGGGUGGAGGGUGUCACAGAACUUGGGAGCGCACUACAGGAGAUCCAGUCCAAAAUUGAACGAAAACUUACAAAAGUAGCGGAACGGUCAGCUGUAAGGAAUGUAUGGUCUCACUACCGAGACCCUGGAAGAAUUGAGGGCCUGAAGCGGGAUUUUGACAAAGCUUUGGCAUCGUUUCAGUUUAGGACGAAUUUAACAAUUGGUGUCAAAUUAUCGACUAUAGAGGAAAGCUUAGACCGUCUGGAGGGUGCGAUUGGCGUUCAAGUAUCGACCAUAGAGGACAGCCUAGACCAUUUGGAGGGUGCGAUUGACGUCAAAUUAUCGGCCAUGGAGGACAGCUUAGGCCGUCUGGAGAGUGAUCCAAUCCUCGAUAGUCUCCGAUAUCCUCAAAUUGUCCACCAUGAUUCAACAGAGGCGUGCCUAGAAGGCACCAGGGUCGAUCUCACCGAGCGUAUUAUGGACUGGUGUUAUAACACUGGGAAUAACGAGAACCGGCUGAUGCUACUGACCUCUGUCGCUGGCGCUGGCAAGACUUCGAUUGUGCACACAAUUGCUGACAGAUGUAAUAGGGAGGCUACCCUAUUGCUAUGCUUUUUCUUCAAAACAGGCGAACAGCCACGGCCCGACUGUUUAUUCAGCGGCAUCGCUCAAGCUCUAGCAAGCCGUGACGCAGAUUACCGUGCCUUCAUUAUCUCUGCCCUUCGAAAAGACCCCACCCUCUCAACAGCUCCAUUCACGAUGCAAUUCAAGGAAUUGGUGGCUUCACCCCUCCUCCAAAUGCCUCGGCGUCCCAGCCAUCCUAUGGUGGUCAUUAUCGAUGCUUUAGACGAAUGUGACGAAGAAGCGUAUCACCCCCUUACUAAGAUUCUCUGCGAGGAAGUACCCAAGUUACCGUCUUCCAUAAAGUUUUUCGUUACUUCGAGACAUGUUGAUCUUGUUAAUCGCUCCCUCUCGUACCAUUUUCCUAUCGAUCACCUCACCAUUGAUCUCCUGGAUGACACAAAUAUGCAUGACUGUGCUGCAUACAUCCGUUUCCAGCUACAAGAGCUUAAGAAAUGGCAUCCUGAUUUAGCGCAUAAACUCCAGGACGAGGAUAGUACAGUGCAGGAGAUCUCGGAACGAGCGGGAGGCUUGUUUAUUUGGAUCAGCACCAUCUUUCGCUACAUGAAGAAGCCUAGGAAGAAUCCUACGAGAACACUGGAGAACCUGCUCGACACCGGUGCCAAACGAUCAAAGGUGCCCACUAAGAAGGUGAUGGAUGACCUGUAUACGAGGAUUUUGAAGAAGUUUGAUUGGGAGGAUGAAGAUUUUGCGCAUGACUACCCGAUUGUGAUGGGAGCGAUCUUCGUUGCUCAGCAGCCCUUGUCCGUCACGGCCUGGGAUGCCAUUUUGUCACCUUUCCUCAAGUCUUCCGAGUCUGUCCGACAUGUGUUGGCUGAACUUUCGCCUCUCCUCUCAGGAGUUGAGGAUCAUUACAUUCCGGUUCGCAUCUUACACCAAUCUUUCCGCGAUUUUAUUGUCAAUCCCCAAACAAUCAGCUCUCAUUUCACUCCCAUAGCAGUGGGGGUGGAGAAUGCCAGGAUUGCCGUGCGAUGUACCGAGAUUUUGAAUGAGGGUCUCUGCCAUGUAAAGGGCUUGGGGAGGAUUGACAACUUGUCCGAAAAAGAUGAAAUGCCGCGCAUUCCUCCAAAGGAGUUAUCGGAGCACUUUCGUUAUGCAUGUCGCCACAUCAUCCAUCACCUCAGUGGAGUCCAGGAAUGGUCUGAGGGGCUUGCUGGACCAGUUAGUAUGUUUCUGAGUCAGGAAGUAACUCGGUGGGUGGAAGUUUGUGUGAGAAUGGAAAGCUACGUUAGUAUCUCGUCACUCCCUGAGUGGGCUAAGUUGGCUGUUGACCACAGGGCUGUUAGCACACUGGCUAAUGUGCUUACCCAGCUUCCAUGGAACCUGGAAUUUUUUUCAAGAUUCCAGGAGGCAUAUGAGGCAGCAAACGAUUCUGUUGUACUCUGCCGUUACCUUUUUUCUGUGGACUCAAGUUCCUACACCCCGCAUUUAGCCGGGUCACUCAACAGUCUAUAUGUCACCCUUUACAAACUCGGACGGCACUCGGAGGCACUCCUAUUCAUCGAAGACAGUGUCAAAUUCUACCAUCAGCUAGUUGCUGUUAACCCAGAAUCAUAUACCCCGGAUUUGGCCAGCUCACUCAACAAUCUAUGUAACGCUCUUUCCAAUCUCGGACAGCACUCGGAGGCACUCCCAUUCAUUGAAGAAUGUGUCAAACUCUACCGCCAGCUAGUUGCCGUUAACCCGGGAUCAUAUACUCCGGAUUUGGCCAUGUCACUCAACAAUCUAGGUAUUGCUCUUUCCGAUCUCGGACGGCACUCGGAGGCACUCCCAUUCAUCGAAGAAAGCGUCAAACUCCGGCGCCAGCUGGUUGCCAUUGACCCAGCAUCAUACACCCCAUAUUUGGCCAGCUCACUCAGCAGCCUACGUAAGGCUCUUUCCGAUCUCGGACGGCACUCAGAGGCGCUCCCAUUCAUCGAAGAAAGUGUCAAACUUCGACGCCAGCUGGUUGCUGUUAAUCCAGGAUCAUACACCCCGGAUUUGGCUAGGUCACUCAACAAUUUACGUAAUGCUCUUUCAGAUCUUGGACGGCACUCAGAGGCGCUCCCAUUCAUCGAAGAAAGCGUCAAACUCUACCGCCAGCUAGUUACUGUUAACCCAGGAUCAUACACCCCGGGUUUGGCCAUGUCACUCAACAAUCUAGGUAUUGCUCUUUCAGAUCUUGGUCGGCACUCAGAGGCGCUCCCAAUCAUCGAAGAAUGUGUCAAACUCUACCGCCAACUAGUUGCUGUUAACCCAGGAGCAUACACCCCGGAUUUGGCCAGCUCACUCAGCAGUCUACGUAAUGCCUUCUCCAAUCUCGGACGGCACUCGGAGGCGCUCCCAUUCAUCGAAGAAAGUGUCAAACUCCGACGCCAGCUGGUUGCUGUUAACCCAGGAUCAUACACCCCGGACCUGGCCAGGUCACUCAACAAUCUACGUAAUGCUCUUUCGGAUCUCGGACGGCACUCAGAGGCACUCCCAUUCAUCGAAGAAAGUGUCAAACUCUACCGUCAGCUAGUUGCCGUUAACCCAGGAUCAUACACCUCGGGUUUGGCCGCAUCACUCAACAAUCUACACAAUGCUCUUUCCAAUCUCGGACGGCACUUGGAGGCGCCAUUCAUCGAUGAAAGCGUCAAACUCUACCGCCAGCUAGUUGUCAUUAACCCAGGAUCAUACACUCCGGAUUUGGCCAUGUCUCUCAAUAAUUUAAGUAUUGCUCUUUCGGAUCUCGGACGGCACUUGGAGGCGCUCCCAUUCAUCGAAGAAUGUGUCAAACUCUACCGCCAGCUAGUUGCUGUUAACCCAGGAGCAUACACCCCAAAAUUGGCCAAUUCCCUCCAGAAUUUACGUAAAGCUCUUUCGAAUCUAAGACGUCACUCCGAGGCACAAACAGUCCUCAUUGAGAUCUUCGGCAUGACAUUGGCUACUUCACUACCUGCACAUGGCAGGCAAGCCUGA